UUACGUCAUAAGGCUGCGCCGGGCUUCUGCCUCUGUGAUUCGGUGGAAGAAAGAAAAACUCCUGGUGAAGCAACUGAGAUCCACGUGACACACUAUUAUAAAGAUGGCAUUUAUUAAAGUGGAGAGUGAAGACAUGAAGAUUGAAGAAGCAUUCAGAGUCAAACAAGAAGAUACUGAGGAACAAACAGACCUGAUGCCGCUGAAAGAGGAGAGUCAAGAACUGAAUGAUGUAAAGGAAGAGAAAUAUCUGGAUGAGAAACAUUAUGAUUUCAUGACUGAAGAGAAAUCUUUUAGUUGCUCACAGACUAAAAAGGUUUCCACACAAAAAAGAACGCGAAAGACAGGAACUAGAAGUAAUUUCACCUGCCAGCAGUGUGGAAAGAGUUUCGCUGGAAAAGCAAACCUUGAAGUCCACAUGAGAAUUCACACUGGAGAAAAGCCUUUCACCUGUCAACAGUGUGGGAAAAGAUUCACUGAAAAAGGAAACCUUAAAAUUCAUAUGCGAAUUCAUACUGGAGAGAGCUCUUUCGCCUGCCAACAGUGUGGAAAAAGUUUUAAUCAAAAAGGAACCCUUAAAAGCCACAUGAGAAUUCACACCGGAGAGAACCCUUUCGCCUGCCAGCAGUGUGGAAAAAGUUUUAACCAAAAAGGAAUCCUAAAAAGCCACAUGAGAAUUCACACCGGAGAGAGGCCUUACGCAUGCCCUCAGUGUGCAAAGAGUUUUAAACAUAAAGCAACACUUAUUGCCCACAUGAGAAUUCACACCGGAGACAAGCCAUUCGUAUGUGGUCAGUGUGGAAAGAGCUUCAGAUGUAAAGUAAACCUUGACUGCCACAUGAGGGUUCACUUAAAAAAGAACAGUUUUAUAUGUCAUCAGUGUGGAAUGAGUUUCCCAGACAGCAAUAACCUUAAGAAUCAUGUCAUGACCCACACUGGAGAGAAGCCUUUUAUGUGCCAUCACUGUGGAAAAAGUUUCCCUCAUAAAGGAAGCCUUAAAAUCCACAUGAGGAUUCAUAAUGAAGAGAGCCCUUUCUCCUGCCAGCAGUGUGGGAAAUUUUUCACAGUUCAAGGAAACCUAAAGGUUCACAUGAGACUUCAUACUGGAGAGAGACCUUAUACGUGUCUUCAGUGUAAAAUGAGUUUCAGAUAUAAGAGAGACCUAAAACAUCAUUUGCACACUCAUUCUGGAAAUAAAUCUUAAUGUUCCUCAAUGUAGGAAGAGGUUUAGGAAAAUGAGCAAUUUCAAAAAUCACCUGCACAUUAACUCUGGAGGAAUGAUAAUUUAAUUAUGACCAGUUCAAAAA